AUGAUGCAUGUUGACUUGGCCUGGUAUUUUCUUGAUGAUCAUGGCCAGGAACAGGGGCCAGUCCGUGGUUCCAAACUUCGACAAUGGAUACAGUGUGGCAGCAUCUCGCAGGACUUUCGUGUUCGACUUCUCAAUUGGGACGGUUAUUCUUCAGUGCAGGAAUUGUGGCCAAACUCUGAGGUUGCCUUCUUGCUACCGCCUGACAUCUAUGGCCCCACUGGUUCUUCGAGGUGGGGUGGCUACAAACAUAACCAAGGCCAAAUCAUCGUCGAACGUCAUGCGGUUAACUUGGAGCAAUUCGUCGAGACAGCUGACAAAGCUGACGCAGCUGACAAAGCUGAGAAAUCAGCUGAAAAGGCAACACCCAGCAAAGAGACUCAAGCGCAAGCAGCUGGAACCACAAAAUCAGAUGUGGGAGACUUGGGCCUUUGA